AUGGCCUUGGAGUGGUUCAGUCAGCUUUUCCCCUGCUUCUCUGUCCGACGGGUCCACGAUUCAGUCGACGUCCCUGAUGUCGCGCCAGAGACCAGGUCCGUCUCGGGGAGAUCUCUUUCCUCAGAGCGACGGUAUGUCACUGAAAGAAAGCCUUCCAUAGAGAGGCAGUACAGCGAACGCAGAAAGUAUCUCGAAAGGAGACUAUCCUUGGAAAGUCAACCGCCCAAGGGACACGAGGAGACCCUCUCCUGGCUCGACAACGGCAACGACUCUGGAGUCAUCGCCGCCCGGGAUGCGGCCGACCGUGAGAUGAGAUAUUCCAUCCCGAGCAACGGUAGCGAGAUCUCGUACGGCGCAACACAGGCGAUCAGAAUCCAGAGGGACUUUGACAGGGACGAAAACGGCUUGGAUCUCUUCGCUGUCGGAACCCCUGGCAGCACGCCCUUCACGCCCGACUUUUCUCCUGCUCCUCCUACCAAGGAGAUCCCUAUCCGACGAAGAAGCCGGUUUUCUCGGGAACCGUCUUCGCUCGACAUCACCCGUUUCGAUCGCUCGCCCCCUUCCUCCACCGUGUCGUCCCCCUCUGGUGUGAGUCGGACGGAUCACUGGAGGCACCUCGACCUUCCAUAUGCUGGUGCUGUCUGGCCUUUGGAUGCGGGCUAUGAAAGCUUUAGCGAACGCAUCAAUGCCCUAAGCCUCGCAGUGCCUAAGAAGAACCAAGAGGCUGAAGAGGACAUUGACUGGAAGCGAGGCAACGUCAACAGCCAACGCCCCGUGCUCCACAUCGACACUGAGUUGGCCCCCAUGGUUCGACCCAGAGUCGCUUUGGUUGAGUCUCCCUCUGAGAAUGGGAGCCAGGCGCACAAGUUGCCUGAGAUGCCUCCCAUUGUCCCUCCCUAUAAUAACGGGAGCCAGGAGGACGAUUCGCCCAAGUUAACUCCCGUCCUUAACCUUGCCUCUGAAACGAGAAGAGACUUGGGCCAUGACAGCAGUAGCAGUCUCGAUGGUCGGGCUGAGUCGCCUUCUGCCCCUGUUAAGGAUCCUGGCAUUGGGAGCAUGACCAGCGAUGGCGAUAACAGGCAUGAUGAGCAUCCCGAGUCUCCUGUUAUCGACAAGUUGGGCGAUGACAACGACGUCAACCCCGAUGCACCUGCUGAUUCGCCUACUAGUACCAAAACCGAUUCUACUACCAUUGAAGGGUUAAUCGAGGACAUCAACGGCUUCCUUGAUGGCAUUGCAGCGUCAUGUGCCCUUAUCUCUGAUGCCCCUCAGGCUGACAGAUUGGCCGACGACAGCAACAGUCAGGUUGAAGUACCUUCAGAGCCAGCUCCACCAUCCCCGAUGGGGAUUAUUGGGAUAUUGAUUCUGACAUGUCCUUUGACGUUGAGAGUGACGGCUCUUCUGAGAGCGGUUACGUGA